GGAAUUCCCAGGAGUGAGCACGCAAUAGGCGAAAGUACGGCGGGAACCAUCGGGCUUCCCACUGUCGCCCUGCUCUGGGCGGGGAAACUGAGGCGGAGAGGACGCGGCGACUUGCUCAAGGAAUCUGCUGGCACCGUGGGACCGCCCCGGGCACCGGAACGCUGACCCCCGCGCCGCGCUGUCGCUUUGUUGGUGCCGGGCAGGUCCGGGGGCAGGCGGCUGCUCCGUGACCCGCCGUCAUGGAUGGAGACAGACUUUCUGACGGAGACACCCAAACGGGCGAUGCCAGCCGCGGCGACCUGGCUGUCAGAGGUCGGGACAAAAGCUGCCCCGUUCCCUUCGGGGAAUCCGAGUGAGGGAGAGUGCAGACCCUUCACCGGGGAGCCAAGGGCGUUUCUGUAUAAUCAGUGGGUGAAAGGAUUUCCUCAGACUCCUUCCUCUUUUCCUUGAGGAUUAAUCCACCGCAGUCGACGAUUCCAGUGGAAACCGCGAGACACGCGAUGAGGCAGGAGCCUGGAGCGCCCGCAGGAUUGUUCUGGACCCUUCCCCUGCAGAGGGGAGUUUAACGCGGCCCUCCCCGCCCGACCUCCCCCACCACCCCCUGCGGACCCCUCCUCAGCAGCCUAGUCUUGUUUUCUGAGUUAAGUUCUGUUUCCAAAACCGUCCCCUGGAGCUCUAAGUGGAUUGCCAGAAAUGAGAGAUUAGAUCCUGGGAGAGGAGAAAGCGCCCCUGCGCUGCGCCUUGUCUCCGCUGCCGACAUGAAGUGCUUUCUCCCGCUGCUGGGCUGUCUGGCGGUGCUGGGUGCUGUGUCAGCUCAGCGUCACGUCGCUGUGCAGGAAGGGCCCUUGUACCGCACGGAGGGCUCGCACGUCACCAUCUGGUGCAACGUGAGUGGCUUCCAGGGGCCUCCCGAGCAGAACUUCCAGUGGUCCAUCUACCUGCCCUCGGCCCCCGAGCGCGAGGUCCAGAUCGUCAGCACCGUGGACUCCUCCUUCCCGUACGCCAUCUACACGCAGCGUGUGCGCAGCGGGAAGAUCUACGUGGAGAGAGUCCAGGGGGACUCGGCCUUACUGCACAUCACCGACCUCCAGGCCCGGGACGCGGGGGAGUACGAGUGCUACACGCCCAACACCGACGAGCAGUACUUCGGGAGCUACAGCGCCAAGAUGAGCCUCGUGGUGAUCCCGGACUCCCUGCAGGCCGCCGCCAUGCCCCAGACCCUGCACAAAGUGGAGCAGGACCCUCUGGAGCUCACGUGCGAGGCGGCCACCGAGACGUUCCAGCACAGCCACCUGUCCGUGGCCUGGCUCCGGCAGAGAGGCAGCGAGAAGCCCGUGGAGGUCAUCGGCCUGAGCCGAGACUUCACGCUUCACUCCAGCAGCGAGUACGCCCAGCGGCAGAGCCUGGGGGAGGUGCGGCUGGACAAGCUGGGGAGCAGCACCUUCCGCCUCACCGUCUUCCACCUGCAGCCUUCCGACCAGGGCGAGUUCUACUGCGAGGCCGCCGAGUGGAUCCAAGAUCCCGACGGCUCGUGGUUCGCCAUGACCCGAAAGCGGUCCGAGGGGACCGUGGUCACCGUGCAGCCCACAGACAAGGAGUUCACCGUGCGGCUGGAAACGGAGAAGCGCCUGUACACCGCGGGGGAGCCGGUGGAGUUCAGGUGCAUCCUGGAGGCUCAGCGCAUCCCUGACCGAUACUUCGCCGUCUCCUGGGCCUUCAACAGCUCGCUCAUCGCCAGCAUGGGGCCCAAUGCUGUGCCCAUCCUCAACAGCGAAUUCGCCCACCGGGAGGCCAAGGGACAGCUCAGAGUGGCCAAGGAGAGCGACAGUGUCUUUGUGCUAAAGAUCUACCACCUCCGCCAGGAGGAUAGCGGGAAAUACAACUGUCGUGUGACGGAGAGAGAGAAGACGGUCACCGGGGAAUUCAUCGACAAGGAGAGCAAGCGUCCCAAAAACAUCCCCAUCAUAGUGCUCCCCAUCACAGAUGACUGGGUAGUUAAAGUCCCCCAGAACCACCAGAUCCUGCCCCAAGGCCACUUGGAGAGCAGCAUUUCCGUGGAGGUGGCCAGCAACGCCAGCGUGGUCCUAGAGGGCGAGAACCUGCGCUUCUCCUGUGGCAUCCGCACGGCGGGCAGGCCGCAGGGCCGCUUCUCUGUCAUCUGGCAGCUGGUGGACAGGCUGAACCGGCGCAGCAACAUCAUGUGGCUGGACCGGGAUGGCACCAUGCAGCCAGGCGCAUCCUACUGGGAGCGCAGCAGCUUCGGGGGCGUCCAGAUGGAGCAGGUGCAGCCCAACUCCUUUAGCCUGGGCAUCUUCAACAGCAGGAAGGAGGACGAGGGCCAGUACGAAUGCCACGUGACCGAGUGGGUGCGGGCAGUGGACGGCGAGUGGCAGGUCGUGGGGGAGCGUCGGGCCAGCACCCCCAUCUCCAUCACGGCUCUCGAAACGGGCUUCGCGGUCACGGCCAUCUCCCGCACGCCGGGCGUGACCUACAGUGACUCCUUCGACCUGCAGUGCAUCAUCAAGCCCCACUACCCAGCCCGGGUCCCCGUGUCGGUGACCUGGCGGUUCCAGCCGGUGGGCACCGUCGAGUUCCAUGACCUGGUGACCUUCACCCGGGACGGAGGGGUUCAGUGGGGGGACAGGUCCUCCAGCUUCCGAACCCGAACGGCCAUCGAGAAGGCCGAGUCCAGCAACAACGUCCGCCUGAGCAUCAGCCGAGCCAGUGACACGGAGGCGGGCAAGUACCAGUGUGUGGCGGAGCUGUGGCGGCAGAACUACAACAGCUCCUGGACGCGGCUGGCCGAGAGGACCUCCAACCUGCUGGAGAUCCGGGUGCUGCAGCCAGUGACGAAGCUGCAGGUGAGCAAAUCCAAGAGGACCCUGACGCUGGUGGAGAACAGGCCCAUCCAGCUGAACUGCUCCGUCAAGUCGCAGACCAGCCAGAACUCCCACUUCGCGGUGCUCUGGUACGUCCACAAGCCCUCGGACGCCGACGGCAAGCUCAUCCUCAAAACCACGCACAACUCCGCCUUUGAGUACGGCACCUACGCGGAGGAGGAGGGCCUGAGGGCCAGGCUGCAGUUCGAGAGGCACGCGGCCGGCGGCCUGUUCAGCCUCACCGUCCAGAGAGCCGAGGUCAGCGACAGUGGCAGCUACUACUGCCACGUGGAGGAGUGGCUGCUGAGCCCCAACUAUGCUUGGUACAAGCUGGCAGAGGAGGUUUCGGGGCGCACAGAGGUGACGGUGAAGCAGCCAGACAGCCGCCUGAAGCUCAGCCAAGCGCAGGGGAACCUGUCGGUCCUGGAGACGCGGCAGGUGCAGCUGGAGUGUGUGGUCCUGAACCGCACCAGCGCGGCCUCCCAGCUGGCAGUGGAGUGGUUCGUGUGGAAGCCCAACCACCCGGAGCGGGAGGCCGUGGCGCGCCUGAGCCGCGAGGCCACCUUCCACUACGGAGAGCAGGCGGCCAGGAACAACCUGAAGGGGCGCCUGCACGUGGAGAGCCCUUCGCCCGGCGUGUACCGGCUCUCCAUCCAGAACGUGGCAGUGCAGGACAGCGGCGCCUACAGCUGUCACGUGGAGGAGUGGCUGCCCAGCCCCCGCGGCGUGUGGUACAAGCGGGCAGAGGACACCGCCGGACAGACAGCUGUGACAGUCACGCGCCCAGAGGCCGCCCUGCAGGUGGACGCGCUGGUCCCCAAUGCCACGGUGCCGGAGAAGGCAGCGUUCCAGCUGGACUGCAGCAUCGUGUCUCGCUCGAGCCAGGACUCCCGCUUCGCUGUGAGCUGGCACUCCUUGAGGACUAAAGCUGGGGAGAAAGGGGGCGGCCCCGGCCUGGAAGAACAGGAGGACGAGGAGGAGGAAGAGGAGGAGGAGGAGGACCCAGCGGAGCGAGUGGUCCUGCUGAGCGUGGGCCCAGAUGCCGUGUUUGGCCCAGAGGGCAGCCCCUGGGAGGGCAGGCUUCGCUUCCAGAGGCUGUCCGCCCUGCUCUUCAGGCUCACGGUGCUGCAGGCGAGCACCCGGGACACGGGCAACUACUCCUGCCGUGUGGAGGAGUGGCUGCCCAGCCCGCAGAAGGAGUGGUACCGGCUGACGGAGGGGGAGUCAGCCCCCAUCGGCAUCCAAGUGCUGGACACAGGUUCCUCGCUGCAGUCCGCCAUCUGCUCCAACGACGCGCUCUUCUACUUCGUCUUCUUCUACCCGUUCCCCAUCUUCGGCAUCCUCAUCAUCACCAUCCUGCUGGUGCGCUUCAAGAGCCGGAGCUCCAGCAAGAACUCGGACGGGAAGAACGGGGUGCCGCUGCUGUGGAUCAAAGAGCCGCACCUCAACUACUCCCCCACUUGCCUGGAGCCCCCAGUGCUCAGCAUCCACCCGGGAGCCAUAGACUGAGGCCCCCAAGGGCCACGGCCGCCACCAGGAGCAGAGGCGCUCCAGCGCCACCUCUCGCUCUGUGAUAGGCAGGCGCACAGCCCCGACCUCUGACCUCGGCGCGCCCUCUGGACCGCGCAGACUUGAGUCGCGUUCACUGUCCCCCAUCAGUUGCAGAGGCAGACGGCCGCCUCCAGGUGGCGGUCCUGCGGGCUGGCGGUCUCCAAGCAGGUGUCCUCGUCCUGCAGCAUUAGCUCUUGUUUUUGUUCUGGGUAACGUAGUGAGUAGCUCCAGGAGCCGCGUCUGCUCACCGGGAGUAACAGGCAGUUCCGGGGUCCCCAUUCUUUGUGACGGACUCUCUUUAAGUCCCUGUGGUUUACCUUUUUUGGAUUCUGUGGUGUCGUGGACGUAUUUCUCUUACAUACAACGGAUGAGAAAAGGAAGGACGGACUUCCUAGCGGCCAAGGAGUCUCUUCUAAGACCUUUUGUUACUGCACCGUUGAAAAUGCCACCCAUGGAACAACGUACACCCAAACGUUUUUUACUUUCUUAAUGAGACUUGAAAAUUAUAUGAAACAUGGGCCCAAUUUGUAUCUUAUCUUUGCCCUCAGCUGGAGUCGUUGGAAACACUUUGUAGUCAAGAUGAAAGCCCUGAAUUUUUUUUUUUCUUCAAAGAACUUGGUACAUACAAGAGAAACCCUGCAUAAGCCCAUUAGGAGUAGAUGGUGCCCAGCCAGCCUAUCUGCCAGGGAGGCAAAAAUAGGAUUCCUCCCAACCUUGCCAAAAAAUAAGAAAACUUUUUUGGAGAACAAGUUAAAGGCUCCAGACAGCUCACACUUUGCAAAGCGGGCAGAGGGCUCCUUUGCGCAGCUGCUGACUUGCAGAUUGAUCGAAGCCAAUGGUAAGCGACGGAAGGAAGGCUAGUUGUCGGCUUGGUCUGUCCCGUGAGGACAGUCGGUCGCUCAUCACUGACCAGGUGGGCUUCUGUUGUAAGGUGCUUUGCCAAACGUUUAAGGGAAGGUGGCCGGUGAGCCUGGGGAGGGGACAGUGCCGGGCUGAACACACGGGCCCCAGCAGCCAUCACACACACUGGCAGGGUUCCAGCGACUGUGGCAAGUCAGCCGCCCGAGGAGUGGACGGUCGGCGGUGGGAGGGGCUUCCCAGAGCCUGGCAUCGGAGAGCAGGCAGCAGUACCGGCCCGGGAGCUGCGAGGACUAGGUUGUUCUUCCUUUCGAUUAGGUUUUCCUCAAAGAGAUGGAUGUCUUCCCUCCUCACCGUUUACCUCACUCUGCCUGUCACCGCUAUACCAGCACCCAGGGGAGGUCCCGGCGCAGCCCUGGGAAACCGUCCGCCUCCCCGGUCUCGGCAGAAAGCAGCACACGCCUUUGCAGGUUUUUCACCUUUCCCAUUCUCAGAUCUCGUCUGCGGUUUUAGGCAAUUGGGUAGUUCGUUGUUAUGGCUGCUUUUUAUUCAAAUGCCCCUGAAGUCCAACGAAGGCCUGCGUCACCCUGUGACUUCACACACCUGGGCCAGAAGCUCGGCUCCCCGAAAGCAGCAUCGCCUCUAGCGUUUGCUCACUCCACAAAGACAUUUUUUUGCCCUGGUUUUCCCACAUUUGCUGGCCAGAAUGCCAUCUCCCUUUCUCUGUGAGCUCAGUCUCUCGAAUUCCGGGGGAGUUUCCCCAUUUGGAAAAAACCAGCAGGGAUCUGGGCAGCACCGAGUGUAAUCAGAGAGAUGGCCGACGGAGCAGACGCCGGGGAGGCGGUGGGGCUCCCCGGGCGGUGUGGGUGCUGAUCCUGGCCGGGGCCUGUGGGUGCACAGCGCCCCCCGAAGGGAGCGGGGUGAGUGCCCAGCCACUUUCACACGCACCCGCCCUCCCUUCCUGGCAGGUACACCAGGGCUCUGCUUGGAGUGUCUGCACCACCCCCUUAAUCCUGUCACCUCCCUUGCUCAUUGUCAUUUAUUGUGCUGCAUGGUGCUGCAGACUCGCCUCACUGGCCAAGGGAGAAGCGGUCUUUUGCCCUAUUUCCUCACUUCAGGGGUGUGGGCUUUCAGUGGGAAGUUGCUGACCACUAAUUUAUUGACGAGGUCAGUGAGGGCAGAAGCCUUGUUCUUCUGUCUGAGUGGAACGACGCCAGAGGGCUGUCUGGGACUGGGGUGUGCACCUGACACGCGAGUGUGAAUCAGCUCAAAGCUGCGGAAGGGUGACUGCUGCACGUAAUUAAAUAGGUGAAGCAGUUGCAGGAAAUUUGAAAGAAAAACUGAAGACAGUAUUUUAAUAGUUGGGUGUUUUUUUUCUGUGUAUUUUCUAUGGGGUUUUGGGGGAUACCAUCAAAGGGCGAGCUUUUCCAGCUUUCUAUGAAAAGCCCCAGGACCGACCUUCUUGGGCCAUUGUGGUGUCAGAUGAAUGGUAAUGGCGCCCUCCAGUGGCUGGGAGGCUUCCCUGCACAUUCCCGGCGGGAGCUCUGAGACCGGGAGAGAGACUGCCGCCUACUCUCCUGGCUCGUCUCCAUCUAUGAUGUCGCAUUAACAAAACCUACACUGUGCUAGGCCCAUCCCAGGACACGGAUAUGACCGCACCAACUUUCACCAGGGUGUUACAGUAGCAAGUUUUCAUAUUCUUGUCAAACAAUGGUUUCUCUGCGUUCAUUGUGGAAGAAAAAAGAGGUGGGGUAAGAAAACUACCCAUGCAUGAUGUAGAGAGCUGUUGAUUUUUUUUUGUCUGUUUGUUUUUUUAAAGGAAAACUAUUUGUAAGAUGUUGCACUAAAAUGUUUUAUAUACACUUCAAAUACCUGUAGUAAAUUAUGUUGAAAAUAUGGCUGGCGACCUUUUCUGGAGUCCACGCCCUCCUUUGUCCUCACCCAGUCAGCACUUUCCUCCACGAAACUGCCCUGGGGCACAGCCUGUUCUGCUCCCCACCCCCCAUCGACCUGCUGGGCCCAGCCGUGGCCUUAUCAUGCCCUGCCCAGAGCCCAAAAGGUGCCUUUCUGCUAAUGAUUUAAAAUCGAAACAAAAA